GGUGCUGGGAUGCUCCACAUGGCUGGAGAGACGAAGUAGUUAAAAAUUAUUACUAGCGAGGGGGCCGGAACCUCGGGACGUGGGUAUAUAAGACGGUGCACUGAGCGCAGAGCGGCCGCUGCUGCUGUGAUCCGGGACCAGGGCGCACUGGCUCAGCCUCUCACUUGUCAGAGGCCGGGGAAGAGAAGCAAAGCGCAACGGUGUGGUCCAAGCCGGGGCUUCUGCUUCGCCUCUGGGACAUACACGGGACCCCCGAAUUUCAGUCCCCCACACGCGCACCCUAGAAGUCUUGAACUCCAGCCCGGCACAUCCACGCGCGGCACAGGCGUGGCAGGCGGCAGGUCCCGGCCGAAGGCGAUGCGCGCAGGGGGUCGGGCAGCUGGGCUCGGGCGGCGGGAGUAGGGCCCAGCAGGGAGGCAGGGAGGCUGCAGAGUCAGAGUCGCGGGCUGCGCCCUGGGCAGAGGCCGCCCUCGCUCCACGCAACACCUGCUGCUGCCACCGCGCCGCGAUGAGCCGCGUGGUCUCGCUUCUGCUGGGCGCCGCACUGCUCUGCGGCCACGGAGCCUUCUGCCGCCGCGUGGUCAGCGGCCAAAAGGUGUGUUUUGCUGACUUCAAGCACCCCUGCUACAAAAUGGCCUACUUCCACGAACUGUCCAGCCGAGUGAGCUUUCAGGAGGCACGUCUGGCUUGUGAGAGUGAGGGAGGAGUCCUCCUCAGCCUUGAGAAUGAAGCAGAACAGAAGUUAAUAGAGAGCAUGUUGCAAAACCUGACAAAACCCGGAACAGGGAUUUCUGAUGGUGAUUUCUGGAUAGGGCUUUGGAGGAAUGGAGAUGGGCAAACAUCUGGUGCCUGCCCAGAUCUCUACCAGUGGUCCGAUGGAAGCAAUUCCCAGUACCGAAACUGGUAUACGGAUGAACCUUCCUGCGGAAGUGAAAAGUGUGUUGUGAUGUAUCACCAACCAACUGCCAAUCCUGGCCUUGGGGGUCCCUACCUUUACCAGUGGAAUGAUGACAGGUGCAACAUGAAGCACAAUUAUAUUUGCAAGUAUGAACCAGAGAUUAAUCCAACAGCCCCUGUAGAAAAGCCUUAUCUUACAAAUCAACCAGGAGACACCCAUCAAAAUGUGGUUGUUACUGAAGCAGGUAUAAUUCCCAAUCUAAUUUAUGUUGUUAUACCAACGAUACCCCUGCUCUUACUGAUACUGGUUGCUUUUGGAACCUGUUGUUUCCAGAUGCUGCAUAAAAGUAAAGGAAGAACAAAAACUAGUCCAAACCAGUCCACACUGUGGAUUUCAAAGAGUACCAGAAAAGAAAGUGGCAUGGAAGUAUAAUAACUCAUUGACUUCGUUCCAGAUUUUUGUAAUUCUGGAUCUGUAUAAGGAAUGGCAUCAGAACAAUAGCUUGGAAUGGCUUGAGAUCACAAAGGAUCUGCAAGAUGAACUGUAAGCUCCCCCUUGAGGCAAAUAUUAAAGUAAUUUUUAUAUGUCUAUUAUUUCAUUUAAAAAAUAUGCUGUGCUAAUAAUGGAGUGAGACAUGCUUAUUUUGCUAAAGGAUGCACCCAAACUUCAAGCAAAUGAAAUGGACAAUGCAGAUAAAGUUGUUAUCAACACGUCGGGAGUAUGUGUGUUAGAAGCAAUUCUUUUUAUUUCUUUCACCUUUCAUAAGUUGUAAUCUAGUCAACGUAAUGUGUAUUGUAUUGAAAUUUACAGUGUGCAAAAGUAUUUUACCUUUGCAUAAGUGUUUGAUAAAAAUGAACUGUUCUAAUAUUUAUUUUUAUGGCCAUCUCAUUUUUCAAUACAUGCUCUUUUGAUUAAAGAAACUUAUUAUGGUUGUCAACUGAAUUCACACACACACAAAUAUAGUACCAUACAAAAAGUUUGUUUUCUAGAAAUAAUUUGUCUCUCAGUUUCUCUGCUUUUGGUCAAUGUCUAGGAAAUCUCUUCAGAAAUAAGAAGCUAUUUCAUUAAGUGUGAUAUAAACCUCCUCAAACAUUUUACUUAGAGGCAAGGACUGUCUAAUUUCAAUUGUGCAAGACAUGUGCCUUAUAAUUAUUUUUAGUUGAAAACUAAACAGAUUUUGUAAUAAUUGUAACUUUGUUAAUAGGUGCAUAAACAGUAAUGCAGUCAAUUUGAACAAAAGAAGUGGCAUACACAAUAUAAAUCAUAUGUCUUCACACGUUGCCUAUAUAAUGAGAAGCAGCUCUCUGAGGGUUCUGAAAUCAAUGUGGUCCCUCUCUUGCCCACUAAACAAAGAUGGUUGUUCGGGGUUUGGGAUUAACACUGGAGGCAGAUAGUUGCAAAGUCUGUCUAAGGUUUCCCUAGCUGUAUUUAGCCUCUGACUAUAUUAGUAUACAAAGAGGUCACGUGGUUGAGACCAGGUGAAUAGUCACUAUCAGUGUGGAGACAAGCACAGCACACAGACAUUUCAGGAACGAAGGGAACUACGAAAUCGUGGGAAAGUGGGUUGGAACCCAUCAGUGAUCGCAUAUUCAUUGAUGAGGGUUUGCUUGAGAUAGAAAAUGGUGGCUCCGUUCUGUCUUAUCUCCUAGUUUCUUCAAUGCUUAUGCCUUGUUCCUCUCAAGAGAGAGUUGUAACUGUCUGGUCUUCAUACGUCCCUAUGCUCCUUUUAACCAAAUAAAGAGUUCUUGUUUCUGAAGAAUGAUGACUAGGCCUGUCUAAGCCUCUUAUGUGAAAAAAGUACAGAUAUGUUUGCAUCGAUAUAUAAAGUUGAAAACAAAUUACUCUUUAAGUGUGGUAAUAAUGGAAGGCGUGGUUAUGUCUAAUAUUUUCCCUGUCAAUUCUUUUCAGUUAAAUAAUAAAGUAUUUUCCUCAACACAGUUCACAACUAGCAUUGGUUGGCAAAGCUAGGAAGCAAAAGAGAAAUCAGUGGGCAUUGCCCAUUUUCAGCUGCUCAGAGACCGAGAGAAUGAGCAGCUGCAUUUGAAGCUGAGAUCUGCCAACAUGUAGCACUCCUCUUUCUUUUCUUGGCUACCUAUCUUUCUGGGUAGAACUGGAGACCAGUUGCUGGGACCUAACCUUUUUCCUCCAAACUACUAUCAUGUAUUUCUCCCUCUAGUGUGGACACAGUGGAGGAAAACAGGGUGUUCCCCCUUGUCUUUGCCACCAUGGACUAUAACAGCUGCAAGGCAAAAGCAGCAAAUCAAUGGGGAAACGCCUGGCUUUUGCCUUUGAUCUUUAUCUAGGUCUGGGUAACUCUUCUGGUAUCACCCACUAAACCUAUAAGCUACUGGAGGUGGAAAAUGAACUUCUCUUUUAUUAGAAAAUGGUAGUAAUCCUAUCUUAACAGUUUCCUAAAAUUUUAGCUAACCUUUGGGAAAUGAAAAGCAAUACAUGGUGUAUCUGUUGCGUUAGCAUUUUUAGAAUAUAUUUUUGCUGUGUGUUUUGAAAUGCAGAUGAAAUGUGGAACAAUCUUCAGGUACUAAAACAAAUACCCUGCUGGUCAGUCUAUCUUUCCCAACUGUUAGAAUCAGACCAUUGGAAAGGUGUUAAAAAGAAUCGUGUGUUCAGUGGUGAUACGAUUUGGCUGUUUCCCCACCCACAUCUCACCUUGAAUUGUAAUAAUCCCCAUGUGUCAAGGGUGGGGCCAGGUGGAGAUAAUUGAAUCAUGGGGGUGGUUUCCCCCAUACUGUUCUCAUGGUAGUGGAUAAGGAAAGUGGAAAGGAAAUGGAAGUUCUCCUGCAUAUGCUCUCUUGCCUGUCUCCAUGUAAGACGUGCCUUUGCUCCUCCUUUGCCUUCCAACAUGAUUGUGAGGCCUCUCCAGCUAUGUGGAACUGUGAGUUCAUUAAAUGUCUUUCCUUUAUAAAUUACCCAGUCUUAAGUAUGUCUUUAUUAGCAGCAUGAAAAU